AUGAUAUCUAGCGGCGGCACGGGAGCUUCUAGCCCCUAUACUAAGUUAUCGGGGAGUGCAUCCCCAUCCUUCGGCAAUAGUUCCACAAGCGAGCUGAGCGAUGCUACUGACUUCAACGCCAACGAUGUGGCGGUGAUUGGCAUGGCGUGUCGCGUUGCUGGUGGUGCCCAUAGCCCGGACCAGUUGUGGGAUUCUAUCAUGGCCCAACGAGAUGCGUCAUCAGAGAUUCCAUCCUGGAGGUGGGAACCAUACGAACGUCGUGACCCACGGAAUGUGAAAGAGUUGAAGAAUACAACCAAACGUGGAUACUUCCUCGAUGCUAUAGAGAAUUUCGACCCAGCUUUUUUCGGUAUAUCGCCUAAGGAAGCCGAGCAGAUGGAUCCUCAACAACGCAUCUCACUCGAAGUCGCCUGGGAGGCCCUUGAGAGAGCUGGGGUUGACCCCAAAUCACUCUCCGGCUCAAACACAGCGGUGUUCAUGGGUGUCAAUUCUGAUGAUUAUAGCAAACUGUUGCUCGAAGAUUUACCCAACGUCGAUGCUUGGAUGGGAAUCGGUACAGCAUAUUGCGGCGUACCAAAUCGAAUUUCCUAUCACCUCAAUCUUAUGGGCCCGAGCACAGCAGUGGAUGCAGCGUGCGCUAGCUCUCUCGUGGCCAUACACCACGGCCGUCAGGCGAUCAUGAAUGGAGAAUCCAACAUCGCUAUAGCUGGGGGCGUUAAUGCCCUUCUGGGUCCCGGCCUGACUAGAGUUCUUGAUAAGGCUGGGGCUAUCUCCUCAGAUGGCUCAUGUCUAUCGUUCGACGAUCGUGCUCAUGGUUAUGGACGCGGCGAAGGCGCUGCUAUUGUGAUUUUGAAACACCUGGGAAACGCUAUAAAGGACGGAGAUAAUAUUGUAGCUGUUCUCAAAGGAACAGCUGUCGCUCAAGAUGGCAAAACAAACGGCAUUAUGGCUCCAAAUGCCAAAGCACAAGAACUCGUGGCACGCCAAGCCCUUGAGCAGGCAAAUAUCGACCCAAUAACAGUACAAUACGUCGAGGCUCAUGCCACUUCGACACCGCUUGGGGACCCAACGGAAGUCAGUGCCAUUUCCGCGGUCUACGGACAAAGCCGGCCUAAAGAAGAACCAGUCAGAAUUGGUUCGGUCAAGCCCAACGUCGGUCAUCUCGAGGCCGGUGCAGGAGCUGUUGGCUUUAUCAAGGCUAUCAUGGCUAUCAAGGCGGCGCAAUAUCCACCCCAAGCGAAUCUGCAAAAGCUGAACUCCAAGAUUGACUGGGAAAAGUCGGGCACAGCCGUAGUUCAGGAGGCUGCCGAAUGGCCUCAACCGAGCGGGCACCCACGUCGAGCGGCUAUCUGCUCUUACGGGUACGGUGGUACUGUAUCACAUGCAGUCGUUGAACAGUUUGCGCAUGACUUUGAUACGGCCAACCUUGGUGCCUCCAAGCACCCCCGAGGUCCUAUCCUCUUUGUGUUAUCAGCGCCCCAGGAGAAGCGACUUGGCCGAGAAGCUUUGGCCUUGGCUGAAUGGCUCGCUACACCUGUUGGAAAAUUGGAGAGUUUGGUGUCUAUUGCCAACACUCUCGCACUGCGCCGGGCUCAACACGACUAUAGGGCUGCGUUUGUAGUCGAGAGCCAUGAGCAGGCUGUUGGAGCUCUUAAAGCGUUCGCCGAAGGCCUCAAGCAAGAAUGGUCCUCAAGCAGCGCUGUUCUCGGUCCCGGCAUCAAAAAGGACGUGGUCUGGGUCUUCUCAGGCCAUGGUGCCCAGUGGACCGAUAUGGGCAAGGAGCUUAUCGGAAAAAAUGCUGUCUUCUACCAAGCCAUCCUACCUCUAGACGAUAUUACCCGAACAGAACUUGGCUUCUCUGUUAUCGAAUCCUUGACGAACGGAGAGAACUUUGACCGGUCUGACCGGGUGCAGGUGCUCACUUACGUCAUUCAAGUCGGGCUAUCUGCUGUGCUGAAACACAGCGGACUUCAUCCAUCUGCGGUUAUUGGACAUUCUGUGGGCGAGAUUGCUGCUACGGUCGCUGCAGGAGCCCUGACUCCAGAAGAAGGGGCCCUGAUUGUGACAAGAAGAGCCAAGCUAUAUGCCCAAGUACAAGGCCAAGGGGCAAUGUUUAUGGUGAAUCUACCAUUUGAGCAGGUCAGGGAUGAGCUCGGGGAAGACGGUGAAGUUGUUGCUGCCAUCGAAUCUUCACCUUCGUCUUGUGUCGUCAGUGGUGAGCUUGAUGCAGUUACUACCUAUGCCGAGAAGGCGAGGAGCAGUGGCGUCAAGGUGAUGAAGGUGGCUACGGACAUCGCGUUCCACUCGCACAAAACACUAGAACCUCUAGCAGCUUCUCUCAGGGAUGCGCUGCUGGGCGGUAUCCAGCCGCAAGCGGCUGAGGUUCCACUCUACUCGACUUCAAAUAUGGAUCCACGAUUUGACGGCGUCCGGGAUAUCGACUACUGGGUUACAAAUAUGGUUCGCCCGGUCCAUCUUACUUCUGCUGUGGGCGCCGCUAUCGAAGAUGGCUACAGGCUAUUCCUAGAGGUGUCAAGUCAUCCGAUCGUUUCCCAUUCAAUCAAUGAAACCAUCAUGGAUCUAGGUAUUGAUGAUGAGGAGUUUGCGACCAUACCCACCAUACGCCGCAACAAGUCCGCAGCAAGCUGUGUUAUGCAAGCCUGCGGCUCCUUAUUUGUCAAAGGCGCCGCUAUCGAUUUCCGUCUGCAGCUGGGUCCAGAUCACCGUUGGUCUACACGUGUCCCGGGUACGAGCUGGGUCCAUAAGCCAAUUUGGAGGAAAGUCGAGAGCGCUGUUGCUGCCAGCACGGCCAACCUCCUCACGCAUGAUGUAGAUAAGCAUACCCUCUUGGGUCUGCGCAACCCCAUUGGUGGUACCAACACAAUACUUUAUUCGACAACGCUGGACAAUUACAACAAGCCGUUCCCUGGUAGCCAUCCACUCCAUGGCACUGAGAUCGUGCCAGCUGCGGUCCUUUUGAAUACAUUCCAUCAUGCUACCAAGGCCGCCACACUGUCCGAUGUGACACUGCGCGUGCCCGUAGCCGUAAGUGCUCCGCGCGACGUCCAGGUCGUAGUGGCUGAUGACACGGUCAAGCUCAUCUCGCGUCUACAGCAAAAUGCUGAAUUUGAAGAUCAUUCUUGGGUCACUCACACAACGGCGCGAUGGAGCCUCGGCAGCGGCGAACAAGCUCCUCAGAUUGAUGUUGAAUCAAUUAAGAAGCGCAUCGGCAAGGCCCUGCCAUCUAACUUUUCCAUCAACUAUCUGGACAAGGUUGGGGUCUCGGCCAUGGGAUUCCCUUGGGCUGUUACUGAACACUAUGGCAACCUGAAAGAGAUGAUCGCGCGCGUGGAUGUUGCGCCAAACACCAAUUCCGGUGAUCUUUUGCCGUGGGAUGCGUCCUCCUGGGCUGCAAUCCUUGAUGCCGCCACUUCAGUGGGCUCUACCAUAUUCUUUGAUAACCCUAGGUUGCGAAUGCCAGCCCAGAUCGAUAAGGUAUAUUUCUACGGCGAAUACGAUGUUCCGCCACCCAAGGUAGGCUAUCUGUAUGUCGAGGAAGCCUCGGAGCGUGGCGCCCCUGCGGUGCAUGUCAGUGUGUGCGACGAUGAUGGCCGCGUCAUCGCCAAAUUUCAGUCUAUGCGCUUCUCGGAGAUCGAGGGUACACCCGGCGCAAGCGGUAGCGUCGAAAGCCUUGUACAUGGACUCACCUGGGUGGCCGCCCCAUUCGCUAAGAAAGCCGCAGUCUGGGACAACGUCAUUCUGGUAUCAGACGACAAUGCUGUUCUUGCACGAUCCAGUAGGCUACAACUCAAGUUAAAAUCCAGUCGGAUCACAAAACUCACUUCAGCAUCUGACAUUACCUCUGCUGCCAUUACCCCGAACACAGCCAUUGUCUACUGGCCCGGCUCAGUUCUCUCGUUGGUCGACGUGCCAGCUAGGUCCGAGGUCUUCCUCGCUGAGCUACUCAGCCUGACCAAGCAUGUAGUUCGUGAGGCAACCUCGAUCCACAACGUUAAAGUCUUCGCGAUUACUGUGGGCGUCGGCGAUGCUGAUACUCCCACAGCACUCGCGCAAGCACCACUACACGGCUUGGCACGGAUCAUCGCAUCAGAGCAUUCAGAUCAGUGGGGGGCUCUCAUUGAUGUAGACGAAGACACCCCGCUUCCUAGUAUGGCUAUGCGAUAUAUACAUGACCAAGAUGUCAUUCGUGUCAUAGAUGACCUACCAAGGGUUGCUAGAUUACAGCCACUGUCUCGAGACCUUCUUUACAGCCCCGAACAGGCGGCCAUUCGUACACUUCUUCCCAAGCCUGAAGGUACGUACCUUAUCACUGGUGGUCUGGGCGCAUUAGGUCUCGAAGUCGCAAAUUGGCUGGUGGAAAAGGGCGCUCGCAGGGUGGUGCUACUAUCACGCCGUGGCCUGCCACCACGCAGCAAAUGGGCAGCUACCGAUGCCGACGAAGUUGUCAAGAAGGUCCUCGCGCUAGAGAGAGCUGGAGCAACGAUACACACGGUCUCGCUAGACAUCGGACAAGUGGAUGCACCCGAGAGACUUGAAGAAAUUUUGAACGGGCUAUCGCUACCACCAGUACUGGGUGUCGUACAUGCCGCAGGCACGUUGGUAGACCAACUUGUCUUAGAAACAACCACAGACGCUUUCUCGCGCGUUCUGAAGCCCAAGAUAUCAGGUGCCCUCACACUCAACAAGGUAUUCCCACCGGGUACGCUGGAUUGGAUGGUGCUCUUCAGCUCGUGCGGGCAGCUAUUCGGGUUCCCGGGUCAGAGUAGCUAUGCCAGCGGCAACGCGUUCCUAGACACUCUAGCAGCGCACCGCCGUCGGCAGGGAGAUAAUGCUGUCGCUUUCCAGUGGACCAGCUGGCGCGGUCUCGGUAUGGCUGCUAGCACCGACUUUAUCAAUGCAGAACUGCAGAGCAAGGGUAUCACUGAUAUUACUGUCGAGGAAGGCUUCCGCGCCUGGGAACAUUUGGCCAAGUUCAACAUGGAUCACGGCGUGGUGCUUCGCAGCUUGGCAUUCGACCAGGACGAGCCUCUUCCUGUACCUAUCCUUGAGGAUAUCGUCGCCCGGAGACCUGCGGCGCCCGGUAAUGCAGGAACUAAUAGUGGCGCACAGUCGGGCGAAACGGUAAGCGACAUGCCAUCUGGGGGCCCCGAAUUAAAGGAUUGGCUGGAUGGAAAGGUCCGGGAGGUCAUUAGCAAUCUACUGAUGCUUGGUGGUGCGGACGAAGUGGACGGGCGAGCCGCUAUCGCCGACCUGGGUGUGGAUAGUGUAUUGACAGUCACACUGAGACAAAAGCUCCAGAGCGCUUUCAAGGUCAAGGUGCCGCCGACCCUCACGUGGAGUCAUCCGACGACUAAUCAUCUUGUGGGCUGGCUAACAGAGAAGUUGGCCAAGGGUUGAAGGCGACGGAAUAAUAUUUGCAACUCAAGCCAUAGACUUUUUCACUGUUUUUACCUCGUCACUUUUUCUUUUCAUUCUUUUAUCUUCCACUAGCUCUUGAAUCAAUAAACAAAUUACCUUUUGUAACCGAAGAGAUCCAUGAGACUUUUCCUCGUCUACAAGGACGAUUUCCAAGGAUCGUACUGACCAAAUUGUUAGUAAAUCUCGUUUUGCCCUGUGGACAAUUGACAUUGGCCAU